CUGUUGUAUUCCGCGAUCACGACAUGCCUUUUAAAUGUUAGGUGAUGAGAGAGAAUGAUUCACAGAGAGAAAGAGAGAGAGAGGGAGAGUCUUAUCCACCUCGCAAGCUGCUUGGGUGCAGAGCAAGCAGAGGACAGGAUGGAGCGGAUGGAGUCCAUGGAGCCGAUCUCUGCGCACUACACUACAGAUUACCCGGAGAUCCAUCCUGAUAGCGGGUUCGAGUCCAGAGAGAGCUGCGACAUCCAGGCAAAGACCCCCCCGCCCUCCACAUAUGAUGAGGAACUGGUGCACAAGACCAUCCUGGUAGGGGACAGUGGCGUGGGGAAGACUUCUCUGCUGGUGCAGUUUGAUCAGGGGAAGUUCAUUCCAGGCUCCUUCUCUGCUACAGUGGGCAUUGGAUUCACGAAUAAAGUGGUGACUGUUGACGGUGUAAAGAUCAAACUACAGAUUUGGGACACCGCAGGACAGGAGAGGUUCAGAAGUGUGACACAUGCAUAUUACAGAGAUGCUCAAGCCCUGCUCCUGCUCUACGACAUCAGCAGCAGAACCUCCUUUGACAACAUAAGGGCGUGGCUAACAGAGAUCCAUGAGUAUGCACAAAGUGAUGUAGUCAUCAUGUUGCUGGGCAACAAGGCUGACAUGAGCAGUGACAGAGCCAUCAGGAGGGAGGAAGGAGAGAGGCUCGCCAGAGAGUACUCCGUUCCUUUCAUGGAGACAAGUGCCAAGACGGGAUUGAACGUGGAGCUGGCCUUCACUGCUGUGUCCAAGGAUCUGAAGCACAGGGCUGUCCAACACACCAAUGAACCCAAGUUCCAGAUCCAUGAGUACAUUGAAGCUCAGAAGGAGAAGUCCGGCUGCUGCAGCUACAUCUGAGUCUCUCUGCUUCUGAGUGGGGGGAAGCCCCAUUAACUCACUGAAGCUCCCAGAAUAUCCUGCUGCCAUCCUUUCAUAAGAUGAACCCAGCUACACUCACUGAGCCAAUGGUUUGCUUUAGUUGAGAGCAUUUUACCCCAAUUACAUGUUCAAAUUUGUUUGACUUAGCAUACUCAGCCAUAACCACAUCUCAACUGAAAACAAAUCAGAUUUAAAUCUAUUUUCUUAAUUAACUAAUUACAUCAGUUAUGCUUUUUGAACAAUGUUUUUGUUUUUGUUUGCCUUACCUAGAACUAAGAGUAAAAAAAUGUUUUCUACAUAAUUGAAUUAACACUGCCAAAGUUUAAGAAAGUUUCAGAUAGUUUCAUAAACCCACACAAGUCUGGUACAUGCCAGAGAAGCACACAGUCUUAGGCAUACUUAGUGUGGAUCCGCCUUGAAAAAUUAACACUUAUACAAUCUUGUGUAUUAUGCAGUUUACAGACAGACAUACAAAGGUCAUAAAUGCAAUUCAAAGACAUCUACUUGGACAAAGCCCUGUCUGUUAAUGACUUACAUUGGUGACAAUCUGUUUUGGUGAAGUGACAGUCUGCUGUUAAACGUUGGCUGUCAGUCGAAACGCUCAGGGAAAACGCUGCAGGAAGCUAACAUGCUCUGAGCCUGAAGAGGAAGAGCAACUGCUUCUCAACAUGUUCAGGGAACCCUAAGGUUCUGGUCUCCUGAAAAAUGUCACUCGCAGAGGAUGCUGCAUAGGACCAUAAUUUAGAUUUCUGGUUUGGCCUAACAUAUAUGUACAGUAUAUCAAAUCGUGUUUAUAUAUUGUGAGUGAGUGAGAAGACUUAUGAAAAUGUAUUUAAAAUGUUGGCCACAUUGCUUACCUUCCUCUGUGUGUGUGUGUGUG